CCUUAGCCUACCUAAACUGUUGAUCCGUUCAUCCAGUCCGCAGAGGCGAUGGAGGCAGCGCAGCCUCCUGACAUGGAAAUGGAGGAGGCGGCGGGUCCCAACCCUAAGAAGAGGCGAUCGGAUGCGCUCGCGACCGAGAAGUCCCCGCCGCCGGCGACGGUGGCCGCGGAGGCGCCAAAUCCCCAACCUACACCGACGAAGAUGAGAAGCACCAACAGCCAAGAACCAUCGCCGCCUGGUGCUGGCGGAGACGCUGGAGGAGGAGGCGUCGAUCGGAUCACCGGCCUCCCCGACGCCAUCCUCGGCGACAUCAUCUCCCUCCUGCCCACGAAGGACGCUGCGCGCACCCAAACCCUCGCCUCCCGGUGGCGCCACAUCUGGCUCUCCGCCCCUCUCAACCUCGACUUCGGUGACCUGCACGCCGACGACGAGUCCCUCGCCGGUGUCAUAUCCCGCAUCCUCUCGGCCCACCCGGGCCCCGGCCGCCGCUUCUGCGUCCCGCCGCAACACCUCCACGACCGCCCCGCCACCGUGGACGCCUGGCUACGGUCCCCCGCCCUCGACAAGCUCCAGCAGCUUGACUUCUGGGAAGACCGAAAAUAUUCACGUGUUCGAAUGUUUCGGCCGUCCCCGCCACCUGCGUCUACUUUCCGCUUCUCGGCCACCCUCCGCGUCGCUACCUUCUGCAAAUGCCACCUCGUGGAUAGCUCGGUCGAAGCGCUCCACUUCCCUCAGCUCAGCCAGCUCGCACUUGAAGAGGUCAACAUCUCGGAGGGCUCACUGCACACCAUGAUUUCCAGCUGCCCUGCUUUAGAGUGCUUGCUGCUUAAUCGCAACUCUGGCUUUGGUUGCGUCCGGAUCAACUCCAAUAGCCUUAGAAGCAUCGGCGUGGGUGCUAAGUAUUUCGAUACGCCCCAGUUUCGGGAGCUCAUCAUCGAGGAUGCCCCAUGUCUUGAAAGGUUGCUCAAUCUUCAAGUAGAUGUGGGCCUCUUUGUAUCCGUAAUCAGGGCACCUAAACUGGAGACCUUAUGCUGUCUUACCGAUCCCUCGGGACUCGUGUUUGGCGGCACGGCUAUCCAGGGAGUGCACGUUGUUAGCUUGACGACGGUGAUGCGUAGUGUCAAGAUUUUAGCUAUCAAUCAGCAGAGUAUUAAUCUGGAUAUGGUUAUUGACUUGAUUAAAUGCUUCCCGUGCUUGGAAAAGUUGUACAUAAAGUGUUGUAUAUCAGGGGAAAAGAAUCUGUGGCGUCGUAAACACAGGCAUCUUAUCAAAUGCCUUGACAUCCGUCUCAAGACAAUAGUGUUGGAGCCUUAUUGGGGCAUCAACUCACAAGUCAACUUUGCCUCGUUCUUUGUCCUGAAUGCAAGAGAGUUAGAGUUAAUGAGACUUGGGGUUGGAAGCAGCAAUUACAAUGAGGUGUUUUUUGCAAAACAGCACAGGAUGCUUCAGAUGGAGAAAAGAGCUUCAAGAGGUGCUCGGUUAGAUUUUAAAGUGAAGAUAUGUCCCCAUAAUCUUCUACACAUCAACCAUGUCCGCGAUUUGUCUAUAACCAAUCCCUUCGAAUGUAGAUAUUAAAAUUGGCUUUGUUGUAUCCCCUUUCAUGAAUUCUUUCCUGUCUCAUUUUUUCUUUAUCCAAACAAUUAUGUCUCAUGUUUGUAGUGUUUUGAACAUUUUAUUACCAGAGAACCUUGGGAUAUUUAAGCAAAAUAUGCUCUUGUUAGUUUUAUGAUAUAUUUGAUAAUGCUACAAGUACUAAAGUACAGGUGCUCGAUUUGAUUUUC